AUGGCCUCAAAAUAUCUACAGAUGAUUGGAAGCUGUUCAAAGAAAUCAAGGACAACAGCAAGACGGUCGGUCGAAUCGAAUGAUCACGCACCAUGCCAAAACUGGCUGUCACUGAUUUUGACAUUUUGGCACUCACGUGUGGUGUCCGUAUUUGGGGAGCAUACAGCCGUCACAAAGAAUGACGUCGUUGCAAUGAGAAAUGAAAGGAUGAAGACCCGUCAACGCGUCAACAGCGACAGCGCCUUCACAGACUUGACAGCGCGUUUGAAGGAAGCGGUGGUCCAGAAUGCCCCCAUGGUAGGAGAUAUCUACGUAUAUCUACAACACACAAGGCCGCCGCGCGAGCUCAUCAGCACGCCGUGCCAUGGUCCACAUCAACACAAACAAAACUAA